AUGAAUGCUGAGCGCCGCCGUUGUCGCAGGCACCGCGGUGGCCUUGCACCUUCCCUGUUCGGGUGGUCUUCUCUGUCACACAUCCACCACUUCUAUCCACCACUUCCGAUUUCCAUCCUCAGUUACUUCUCUCUCUCCUUCGAGCAAAGACCAGCCAGAGAUUCACCUGCAUUUAUUCAGAUGGAUACUCCCGACAAGACCUCGCCUGAUACGGCCUACAUUCUCAGGCUUCCUUACGAGAUUCUGGUCGACAUAGUGGACAGAGCUGGGCUGAGCGACACGGUGAAGACUCGAUCCAAAUGCGAUGAGUGGACUGAUAGGACUACAGAAUGGCGACAGAGCUGUCAGCAAUUAUUCCACAUUUCAAUGGUCAGCUGGCGAUUCAACCACAUUGCUAUACUCAACUCUCUGGAUCAACUGCACUGA